AUGCCAUACCAGUUCGCAUCCGAUUGGGGGCGAAAGCUCUGCACAAAGAUCAUCUCCGAACGUCUGCACGAGCACCCGCAUGACCACCAACUCGAAGUCGUUACCAACGCCCUCGAUCGCAAAGAUGUACUUGCCGUAACAUAUACCGGCAGCGGCAAGUCCGGCUACAUCUACAUGCUCGUCGCGGUCGUGGACGCCAUAAUCUGCAACCCUCAGCUCUGCCCGACAGCGCGCUUCCCUCAGAAUCCGGUCAUAGUGGUGAUUUGCCCGACUAUAUCCUUGGAGGAGGACUUGGAGCGAAAGAUGAAGAAGUACCACAUUGAGUCGAUGGUCCUCAGCAAGGAGAGGCGAGAGGAGUUCCAGCGGAAGGGCAUCGACAUCUUCAAGGCGAUCGAAACUGGCAGUCAUCGCGUCCUCCUCAUGACGCCCGAGAUGCUCACCUCGCCGGGAUUCACUGCACUAAUCAACAAACCCACCUUUCGUCAACGUCCUAUCGCCCUCAUGGUUGACGAAGUGCACUUGAUGUACGUCUGGGGACGUCAAUUUCGAACUCAGUACACGCAGAUCGGCAACGCUCGUGCGCGCUUUGCAAGCAGUCCACGACUACCUCUUGUUGCCUUCACAGCCACUCUUCGUCGCGGCCCAACCCCCGAUACAUCCCCAUUCCACUCGAUCCAGCGCUUUCUUGGCCUAUCCGCAAGCGACCUUCACGUCGUUCAUCGCUCGUGCGCGCGUUACGAGAUGAAGAUCACGCUCCGCCCGUUUCCUCAUGGCAAACAGAGCGAGCGGUAUACGGAGCUGGACUGGCUGCUAAACGCGCCUGGCAAGACGCUCGUAUUCUGCUCUAGUAUCAGAUGGGGCAGCAAGAUUGCGUCGUAUCUCAUUCAGAAAGCCCGUCAAACGGCAUGCACAAACUACCCGCGCACCUACCACCGCCUUCACAGUGCGGAGUAUAAUCAAGAGACUCUCGACCACCUCCGCAACAGUGCUUCUGCACUUGUCAUUGCUACGGACACCCUUUCCGUGGGCAUGGACCUCGCGGGUAUCGACUUGGUGGUUGUUAUAGAUCCCGCGGACAUUGACGAUGGACUGCAGAAGGCAGGUCGUGCCGGACGGGAUCCCGCGCUCGUCCCCGAGCCGCACGCCAUCCUCUAUCUUCCAAACAAGACCUUCUACGAUCCCAACUCGCUGCUUCUUGAAGCCAGCGCCAGUCCUGGCAAGCGCAUUGAUACAACGCUGCCACGCCUCGCCCUCGCCGACUGCAAAUUGAAGAAUAUCGAUGAGCAAUAUGGCAACAACCCCACGGAGGCGCCAUGCUCGUGUCCGUAUUGUGCUGCUCACCCGCGCGCGCCCUUUCCCUCGCCGUGCCACUGCUCUGGCUGCUCACCCGAGCCGCUGAAGGAGGCUGCCGUCAAGGCUGUCGUCGAGAAGCCGAAGGUUUCGACGUCCGUACAGAUCACGAAGCGUAUGCGUGAGCAGGCCUUGCCUUACCUCGUGCGCUUUCGCGAGCGUCUCGCGCGCCAGCUUGCGGAGGACCCAAGCGGUGACUAUGACCUUCCGCCUGUUGCUGUGCUUUCGGAUCGCGAAGUGGAGAAGAUGCUGCUAUUGAUGCAGAUGCCCGCCCACGACUUUAUAGCUGUCGCAGACGCUUGGUCGUCAUAUCUCGCUAACGAAAUACCCAAUCCUUGCGCUCCCGAGACCCCGGCAUCGUCAGCCGCGUCUCUUGCUCCGGCUGCCGAGUCUGCAGACAUUCACCCUCCCUCGGUCUCUUCCCUUCCGCUAUCAGCACACCCGGUUCUUCAACCUAUCGUCAAGGAUAACAUCGCUUUCGUUGACGACAAGUAUGCUGUACAGCUACUGCAGGCUAUGCUCAUCUUACACGAGGAGUUCGAGGCCGCCAGACGAGUCGAAAAAGACAGGCGGAACGCGCAAAAUCGAGCACGGCGGCAAGCCAAGAUAGCAGCUGAGAAAGAGGCGAAGUUGGAGGAUGUUGAAUGCUCGGUUCCAGCUGUAGAUGAGUCAGACAGUAUGUCCGAAUGAUUGAUUAUCUCUACUCCUCGUCUGUCUCGUCCAAAUCCCCUCGGUCAACUUCUGGUAAUUCUAUAUCGCUAUCGUCACUCUCCUCCUCUUCGCCUUCGCCCUC